CCCCCCAAUUCGCCGGCUCCCGCGAGACCAAAGAAUCCAAGAACUCGAAAAGCCCUCCGCCCGCUGGUGCUCCCUCCCUCCUCCCCGCCCCCGCCGUCCGCCGUCCGCCGGCCGCCGCCGCAGCAUGGAGAGCACCGCCUCGGUGCUAGACCGCGCCUCCUCCGCCGCGGCCCGGGCUGCGGCGGAUGCGGGCCACCUCUCCUCCAUCCGUCUCGUCUGGGUGGCGGGGCUGGUGGUGCGCGCCCUGGAGCGGUGCAAGGUUCUGGAUCGCGCCAGGGAGCUUCAAGAAGCUGUCGAUGUUCUUGCUGGCGCGGACCUGCAGACCAUGGCGAACGCCGCGGGCUUGGUGAGCAGCGCCGCCGCCAGGGCGGCUUUGGAGGCAUAUUUGCAAGGGGUGGAUCUUGUAGUGACCUGUCGGAAUCUGGAGGUGGCAACACGCGAGCUAAGCUUGGCGGUGGCGGUGGCGGCGGCGGCCGACUCAAAGGCCAGAGAGGAGGGUACCUGCAAAUGGAUCCCGUGGCUGAAGAAGGACAGGAGGAAUGCAGAUGAGCUCGACGACGGCGGCCUACGCCAAGCGCUUCUUCAGCACAAGGCCUGGCCGGCAUUCAAGAAGGCCUCCAGUGUACUUGCUGGAGCGCCCGGACCAGAGGAGAACCUGGGGGAGUUUCUUGGCUAUCCUCUGUUCGGGUCAUUGACCUUACUGCCUUACCUAGACCCUACAGGAGUGGUGAUGAAGCAUGUGUCGGGCAAUGGCAGGAAAGCUUUCCAUGUUAUCUUCUCCUUGGUUUGGAUUGCAGUCGGUCUAGGUGUUCCAUGCAGGCACUGCCGGCAUUCUGCGUUCAUGCAAAACUGUGCUGAUAUCACAAGCCGCAUCGGCAUGGCUGGCAUCACUGCCCUGGUGAUUUGGUAUAGCUGCCUCCUGAUAGCACCAGGGACGUCAGUUAUUUCCUACAUCAUGAUGGUCUUGGCUUGCAUUUUACACAUUGUUGCUUGGGCCAGGGAUCGCAGAUGGAUUGGGGGAUAGUAUAUAGGUAACUUUGCUUGACACAGGGACCCAAACAUGUAAUGUUUGGAGAGUCUCCUGAGUGCAUACAUGUAAAAAUGAAAGAAAUCAGUCCUUAAACUACUUUACCCUUUUGUUGUGAACAUGAGCCUUCACAAUGUCAAUUAAGGCUCAUUUUUGUGCAAUAGUGCAUAGGGGAUAAGAAGGUGGACUUAUAACCCACUAGCAAAUCUUGAGUAUGUAUAGUGGUGAAGAAAAAGAGUAGAGUUUAUGAUUUUUACAGGUAAAAGUGCUUUGGAAAGCUAAAAUGCAUAUUUGACCUGUUGCCUGCUUCCUCUGCACCGCUAAUGCAGCCCAAUCGAUUCACCUUGCCAGCGGCAUUACCAAGCAAGCAUCGUGAAUACUUGGUGAAGCACCAGCAUUUUGUGUGAUUAUUGAAUUGGGAAUAGUUGAUUAGUUACUGAUUUGAAUGGUUCAUGUAUUGUAUCGGAGAAUUUCGGAUUGAUUAUUGAUGUCAGCUCUUCAAAUGUUGGGUCAUCCAAACAAGCAAUGUGAUAUGGACUGCACACUACCAUCAUUUUGCAAUUUGACUGACUCUAUACGUUUCAUAGAGCUUGUGGAAUGUCCUAAAGUAACAUGAUCACGAAACAUAUGUUGUUAAUGUUGUCAGUCUUAUUUUCUGAAUCGUUUAUGACUUGCAGAUUUAGAUGUAUUUCUGACCACGAAAAAUCUUUGUGUUAUGAUUCUGUAUGAACUAACUGCAGAUAAUGGCGCCGUGACAUUUCCUGAAUGUUACUUCUGGUUACAUGGCAUGUUCUUGGUUCCUGAUACCUUUAUUUAAUCAAUAUGUAUGAUGUUAUUUCAGUGAAAAUCAUCUUGGUUUCAUUUGUGACUUGCAGUUAUAUAUUGGUUUCGGUCCGACAACAACAUUUUUUGGUCUAUGAUUACGUACAAAUGAAAUAACUUCUAAAUAAUGUUGCCAUGGUAUGGGUGUGCUUCAGCUUUUUAAACAUUCUUGCUCUUGGAGGGAAAAAACUGCUACGAUUCUUUGGUUAUUUUAAGUAAGUAAAGUACAUUUUGAAUAAGGGUAUCAUGCAUAUGUCUGCUCCAGAUU